AUGUACAAGCCCGCUUCUCCCAGGCCGAAAAGAAACGAAUAUUUUCCGCUCUGUGAUGAGGCAAAGCCCACCUGUGGGACAUGCGCUAGACUGGGGAGAUUCUGCGAAAGUGUCAAACUAGACUUCAAGUUCCGGGUGGUUACUCCCUCCGUGCCAGAGACAAAUAGAUCGCCGCCGCAGCACAGCCGUCAACGUCACCACCAAAGUGCCCUAAUCCCGAGCCUGAACCUGGACCUUAUCCACUCAUUGCAGCAUACUGAUCGGGAUAUUUUCUACUCGACUUACUGGGAAGACCAAUGUCUAUCAGCUUUACAUCCCAUAUCCCGUUCCAUUUUGCAGCAGCCUGAGCUUCCAGCGUUAAAGGAUGCUAUUCUCGCUCUAUCUUCGUGUAGUAUCAGUCGCCUUCAUGCUGAAAAGACAUCCCCGACACCUUUCUUGGCCAUGGGAGCAUUCAGUCCCAGCCUCACACAUCAGACCCGGAGUCAACUCUAUUACUCUUCUGCAAUGAGGAAAUUCAUCUCUCCCACUCCCAAAUGUUACGGAAGCAACAUUAAAGUAGCCCUGACAAUUUUAGUCCUUUUUGGCUAUAUCGAAGCCUCCAUUGGCAACUUUGUCACAGGAGAUCAUUUAUUCAGGGCUCUCCUCACUGUGUGGCUACAAUCACAAUUCUUAGUUUGGUGGGCUCGUGCAUACUUUAGCUCUCCCGAUAUCCAGUUGCACCUCCCGCCGAUUGCCUUGCCCAGAGCACAUGAAGAGAACCCUAGCUCUCUCCAUGAGCGGCGAGCCGUCACUCUUAGCAUAAUAUAUCAGAAUACAUCGGCAAGCUCAUCCAUGUUCUUCCAACCACACGAGGCGGCCCUCAGCUUUGCUUACCAUAUUGUCACCCGAAUCAUGCAAUGCACAACAUUCUUAAAUUAUCUUCCAUCCCGCGAUCCUCAAAAUAUAGGCAUCGAGUGCAUGGAAACGGAAUCAUGGAUCCGCCUGUUGCUGCGCAUCGUCCAGGGCAUCGACAUGAGAUCGUGCAUUCUCCGCAAUAGCUAUACCAUUGGAUUCUCAGGCCUGCUUCUCGCCGUCUCGCUCCGCUGCCAAGACCUAUCGCUUGGUGUUGUCCUUGCGAUCAACUGCCAACGGUCAUUGGAAUACGACGUUUUCGGGGUCUCGCAGCUCACGGAUGAUGGCGGCGGGGACCCGAAGUUCACAUGUUAUAACAGCCAGAGGAUCAGUGUCCUUCUGUUUCACGGGAAAUGCAAGGCCACAGGAGAGCUGUUUACAGAGUUUAUAGACUGGGAGAUACCGGAGUUUCACGUGCGAGAGGUGGCGCAACCUGGUAUGGGAUUUAUCCACUUGGCCGAGAACCAUGAGAUGCUUGUGAAUCAGCAGAAUACGGUUCUCUCUUUCCAGGCACACCCAGAAGUUCAGGCUGAGUUGGCUAAGAAGAUGUUGCUGGAUGAGGAUGAUGUUUAUAAUGGGGAUCUUUCGCAGCAGGAGCUGGGAGCUCAUCUGGCUAAGCUUGAUCGGCCGACUGAUGGCUUGAAGGUAUUGAAGCGGGUGGUUGAGUGGGCGAGGGAGUGA